AUGUCGAAGCAGCUGGCGGUGCGGUCGUUGGACCUGCUUGGCAGGGUGCAGACACAGACGGCGACGAAGAAGGAUGUGGUCAACACGCGCCUGGGCACGCUGCAGUUGAGAAAGACAAAGAAGAAGAAGCAGCGGAGGAAAGAGCUCAAGCGCCGUGUGGAUCACCAACAAGUGGCAUACGAAGAAACACAAGCCAGACUCGCGCAACUCAAGGACGAACUCGCAGGCAAGAAGAAGAGCAACAACAAGGCUACAACAAAGGGCGCCAGGCAGAAGAAGGCACGUGGCAAGGGAUCAUCGCAGGGAGGGGCGGCGGCGAGGAACAUCGAGUCUGUCAAGAAGGCUUUGCGCGCACUCGAGGCGCGGGCGUCGCGUGGUGCCCCGAAGAAGGCUGAGCCAGGCAUCAACUGGGACGACUAUUCUGUGUUCAAGGGUCUGGAUAUGAGCCAGGGCAUCCUGCCAUACCUCAAACCUUAG